AUUUGGGCAAAAAAUGAUUAAAGAGUCGGAGAACUCAGAAUCUGAGAUACGUUAGCUUUCUUACAACGCGGUACACAGGGACGGGAGCUGUCAAUAAAAUUGAAAACUCAAUUUCCAAAUUUGUUAAUUCAUCGCUUAAACCCUAACCCCCCCUCUCUCUCUCGCUCAUCGUCAGCCCGUGAAAAUGUUCAAGAAGUUUUCAACUGAAGAAGUGUCUGGACAAAAUCAAGUCAAGGCAUCUGUGCAGCGUAGAAUUCGUCAAAGCAUUGCAGAAGAGUACCCACUACUAGAGCCAGUGUUGGAAGAUCUGCUUCCAAAGAAGUCUCCUCUCAUUGUUGCAAAAUGUCAAAAUCAUCUGAAUUUAGUUGUGGUAAACAAUGUACCCCUGUUUUUCAACAUACGUGAUGGACCUUAUAUGCCUACUUUACGUCUUCUGCAUCAAUAUCCAAAUAUAAUGAAAAAACUACAAGUUGACAGGGGCGCAAUUAAAUUUGUCCUCUCUGGAGCCAACAUAAUGUGUCCAGGUCUUACUUCUCCUGGGGGUGCUUUGGAUGUUGAAGUGGGGGCAGAAACUCCCGUGGCUAUUAUGGCUGAAGGGAAGCAACAUGCUCUAGCUAUUGGCUUUACAAAGAUGUCGGCAAAGGAUAUAAAGGCAAUCAACAAAGGAAUUGGUGUGGAUAACAUGCAUUAUCUUAAUGAUGGGCUCUGGAAGAUGGAGCGUCUGGAUUGAGCUUUAAAUGGUAUCUUUACUAGAUGGACAAUGUUUACCUGCUGCAAAUAGCAAAGACUUGCUCAUUUUUAUGCAGCUGUUAUUUCGUUUCUCCAGAUGUUAAUGAGCAAGCUGAACCAAAGUUUCUUAAUUUAAUGAAGGGGAGCCAAGUUUUAGGGGAUUUAUACAAUUUAUGAUUAUUGUUUUGGAACUACAAAUUUUCUUAAUCCGCUCGAUCAAAGGAACAUGAGUGGUGUUUGUGUCUGAAUCUUAACUUUGGACAAUCAAGAUAAUCAAAAGUUAAAUAUACAAAAAAAGGCCAAUGAAAUUUAACAUA